AUGGCAACAUCACGAGCUGAGCGCGUGGAGAAUGCGCUGCAGUCCCUCCUCGGGCGAUUGGUCCCCCCACAACAGCCAGGCGAGGACGAAGAAAGCGCGGAUCAGCGCUGGGAAGACGCCAACAACUUUGCAACGGACCAGAUCGAGCGCGGCGAUGCGCAGGCCGCACUCACUGAGAAUGUCAACCACGCGGCCGAUCUGAUCAAAAGGCGUCUGAUUCACGACUCCGCAAGCCCAGAAAAGGCAGCGGCAUUCGGGAAUCUAUACUCGCGUCUGCUGUCGCAGCCAGUCCUGUCGAGGAAAUGGGCAAUUCUCUACUUUUUGUUGAAGGUUGCAGAAGGUACUGAGCCUGAUGGCGGUAGUGGAGUAAGCGCAGAGGAAGGAGGAGAGGAGGAAGAGGAAGAUGAGGCUCAAACUGAGGCAGACGCGAGAGAGAGUAUCCCGCAGGUGCGGCGACAAGAAGCGAAACAAGAUCUGCGCGAAAGUCGCUAUGAAAUACCAAGUGAGGUUUUCGACGAUGCCUUCGCGAGGAAUGGCUUGCCGCGAGUCUCCAAAGCGAAAGGUCCAGACAGUCCUGCGCAGCCGCCGCUCAGGGAUCGGGAGAGGCCAAUGCCUGCGCGACCAAGGACGCGGCAAGGUGAGGAACCAGCGCCCACGCCGCCACAGAAGAAGCUUGCCACAGGACUAGAGCCCACAGAGUCUGCGCUUCUGCGAGACUUGCCCUUUACGCUCCAAGGACUCUCGUCAACGAGUUUACCAUUCGCAGACAAGAAGUCGUUGAAGCUGCCUUCCACUCUACCUGUUCCUCUGAUAUCGCUCCUCCACACUCUGGCGGAGCCCUCGCUCUUGUACGGGUCGCUUUCGGAGUUUGUGGACGGGUCAGACGGCGGUCUGGUAGGACAGAGUCUUCGUUCUGCGAUUGGCGUGGAGUUGCGAUCCUACCUGGGGCUUGUAGCCACCCUGGAGGGUCAGAUCCGCCGUGCUCUCGCGCAGCUCGACGAGAAUCUACCACACGGUGGACUGGGAAAGACGGGCGUCACCCUCAAACGAUGCGUAGUAUGGACUAGAGAAGCCACGCUAGGCCUCCGACUGAUGAGCGUGAUUGUGGAGUCUGCAAAGGGCAAGAAGGGUGGUGAGCUGAUCAGCCUAAUCCACGGGUUCUCGUCAUCACACGGCGACCCUUUCGUGCACACUUUUGCGGAGCGUUUGCUCACACAAAUAACGCGUCCAUUCUACAACAUGCUGCGCGCUUGGAUAUAUGACGGCGAACUAGAAGAUCCUUACCAGGAGUUCUUCGUGUCGGAGAAUCCGGACCAUGAGGAUAGUGGGGCGACCAGUGUGUGGGAACACAAAUACCGGCUCAAGGAUAGCAUGAUACCCUCGAUAAUGACCCCCGACUUUGCCAACCGAGUAUUUCUCAUCGGCAAAAGCCUGAACUUCAUCCGCUACGGAUGUGCUGAUAGUGGGUGGGUCGAGUCGUAUAGCAAAACAGAGUCCAAAGAGUUGAAGUAUGGUGACACCGCGAUGCUGUCGACAAGCAUUGACGAGGCUUAUAAAACGGUCAUGGCGCGCCUUAUCAGCCUGAUGGACAAUAAAUUUGCCCUCCUGUCCCAUCUGCAGGCGCUCAAGAAGUACCUUCUGCUUGGUCAGGGCGACUUCAUCGCUCUCCUUAUGGAGUCACUAGCGUCGAAUCUGGACCGACCGGCCAACAGCCAGUACCGGCACACCCUCACAGCGCAGCUCGAACAUGCGAUUCGCAACUCCAAUGCACAGUAUGACAGUCCCGACGUUCUCCGACGCUUGGACGCCCGGAUGCUAGAGCUCAGCCAUGGCGAAAUUGGCUGGGACGUCUUUACACUGGAAUACCGCAUCGACUCGCCCCUUGAUGUCAUUGUCACACCGUGGGCAAGUAAACAAUACCUCAAAGUCUUCAACUUUCUGUGGCGAGUAAAGCGGGUUGAGUUCGCCCUCUCCACAACCUGGCGAAGAGUGCAGACCGGUGCUCGAGGCGUGUUGGGCGCUGUAAGUGACAAACUUGGGGCAGAUUGGAAACUUGCUCGGRGCCGACUCGCUGAGAUGGUGCAUUUCGUCGACCAAUUGCAGUACUACAUUCUGUUCGAGGUGAUUGAGGCGGGCUGGGAAGGUCUGCAAAAGUCCAUCCGCAAACCGGACGCCACGCUCGAUACGCUGAUCAGCGCACACACAUCAUAUCUUCGAUCGAUAACUCGCAAGGGUCUUCUAGGAGGUAGUGGAACGGCGGUAGACUUCACAGCGCAAUUGCAUGAGCUGUUGAAACUCAUGCUUGGCUAUCGUGAUGCGGUGGACAGUCUUUACAGCUACAGCGUCGCAGAAUUCACGAAACGUCAAGACAUGGCCGCCAAAAUUGAGAUGCGCACUCGAGCUGGAAGAUGGGGAAUGACUGAAGCUGACCAGGAGGCUGCAGCAAUGGAGUCACCAAUGUUUCCGCCCAGCUCCGUAGCCAAAGGCCGAAGUGCAAGGGAGCGCGAGGUUGAUAGUCCGCUGCCGCAGUUGCUUCCUCUGCAGGAUGGCGUGGAAGGGGAGCGAAAUAUGUUGGAUCAGCUGCGACAGAGACUGAAGUCUUUGGGGAUUGAUUUCCGCGCGAGGGUCAAUAUUCUCCUCGGAGACCUGGCGUACCAACCCGAUGUUGACAUGAGGUUCUUGGCUGUGGUGAUGAACUUCAACGAGGUCUAUACACCCGUCAAGCGGAGGAGGCAGAAGCCCGGGGAGAAGGACAAAUCUGCGUUGAACGUUGGGAGAGCAACGAAUGCAUAG